AUGGCUUCCUCCCACGGCCAGAAGGUCACCACCGACCCCGAGACUCUCCAGAACCCAAAGAACGAGAACCCAGGCGUCGUCACCAGCGACUCUCUCGCCGGCGAGUCGAUCCAGCAGGGCGGCAGCUUCGCCGCCAACAGCGACGCUCGCGGCCCCAUCGGCCAACCGUCCUACUCGACCACCACCAACACGACCGACGUCUCGAACGCCACUCGGCUAGACCCAGCUCCCGACGCGGAGGCUCGGUUGGCGAGCAGCGAGUGGAGUGAGGCCGAGCAGCUCAACGCCGGCAGCAAGCUCGGCAAGGAGUCAGGAGUGGGACCAACAUACAACGCCAGCGUGAGCAGCUCGACAAACCAGGGCGACAACUUCGCACCCAAGGGCAAGAAUCUCCAGGAGGGCGGCUUCGACUCUUCUGCUCCAAACGCCAGCUUCAACUCGGAUGUGGGCGGCAAGAAAGACCCAGGUCGUGUCGCGCUUGGUCAAUUCGAGCAGGAGAACGUCCCAGUCGCAGGUGGUGCUGGGCCUCGCCAGAGCCAAAUCGACGGAGAGUCGUCGUUCGACAAGCUGGGCGGAGAUGCUAGCGCCUAG